GUCUACAUGGAAUUCUGCAAAGUAGGUAACUAACGUAGGCCUGCUUCUAUCCAACGGAUUGUUGUAUUGUGUAAGAUAGCUAGAUACUCGUAUGAACUAUGAAUGAAUGUGUGGAUUUGAAGAUACCUACCUACUUCUGCAGAACUCAGAUUAUGUAGUUACUCUGCAGGUUAAGAACCUCAGCGAAUUAAAGAAAAGCACUUUUGUUAAGGUUAUCAAACCAAAUCAAAUAUGUAGAAGUUUUCCUGAAAAACAGACAGCGUUACUGAAGUUACGAAAAGUUAACUAAGAUAGGUAGGUUACAUAAAAACGGGGCCUUUUGGCUCGGUAAGUAGACACCAUAGAUAUGUUAGACACCUAUUUAAGGUCAUUUGGUAGGAUUUGACCUUUCCUAAAAUUUUUUAAAAACAUCGCGACGAUUUACUUGGUCCUGCUGUUUAAAAGGAUUUUCUCAACAAUUUCUAAUUCGGUAUAUUCAUCGAAUACAGAAUUUCGUAAACCAAUUGAAAUUAACGUUUACGUUGGUAUACACACAAGUUUUACGACUUCCAAAAGCAGUAAACACAAUGGGUAUUUCGUCUUUCCGUUUGGAAGAAUAUAAUACUAAUAUCUCCUUAGAAAUGAGAAUUGCAAAAAGGUCGCUUUUUUGUCGGCGCCCAGGCGGUUGGCGAAUACCGUAUUGUUCCGGCCGAAACAGGGCGGGGGAUGCAUAAUGACUGCAGUAGGGUGCAAUGGAACUUUUACCUGACGCCGCGUACCCUGUAAUGCAGAGGGUUGAUGAAGUGCCUCUAUUGGAGCAGCAGCUACGCCUCAAAAAGACCAAUGAGAGCGGGUCGAGAGAAGAUAAUGUUGCGAGCGAAGGCAAGGACUAUUCCCCAAGCUGCUCGUCCUGGGCGCCGAGUGACGAGGCAUCUUCUUCCGACGAAUCCGAUAAUGAAAAAGAAACAAAAUCAAUGAAAAUGGAACAAUAUGUACGCCAUUAUGCUAAGCGACGAAACAGUAAAAACGUUCCUAUUCCAGUACAUAGGCCGAACGCGGUCGUAAACGUUUUGAAGGAACGCCAAAAGAACAUGAACAGUAAAACAAACAACCAAAGCCGCAAAAGGAAGCACAAAGAAACUCAAGCUAGCAAUAAAUCGUUACCUGAUUCAACAAAAAAAUACUUACCACCGCCUAAAACUUCUGUUGAUACAAUAAAUAUAAACAAAAAGAAUAUUUUGGAUAUGAAAGCUAGUUUCGAGGAACUAUUUAAAAUCAUAGAUAAUAUGAAACCCGAGUCCGAAAGACGUGCGGGUAAAUAUUUUGAUUACACUACAGCAAUCCAACAAGAACCUAUGAACGAAGAUAAAAUAAAUGCUCCCGUUUACAACAAUACCGAAGCUUAUGAUGAAACCGAGAAAAGUCCAAGUGAGGAAUCAAAUCGUUCUGACGACAAUGUUCUUAUUAGCAAUAAGUAUAGCAAAAUGCUCGAAAUAGCAGAAGCCGAAUCCAAACACUUACAAAUAUUAAACACACACCAAAACGCUGACGACGAGGUAGACGAAUGGGUGCCAAUUGGAAGUGGAAAGACAUUGAUACAUAAGGAUAAAUUUAGCAAAGUUAAAUGGAGAUCGUACACGAUCGCCACUAGGACAUUAUUAUUGGCAACGUUUCCAAGAAGAAUCUUAGCAACACACUCGUUGACGGGAAAGCGGUCCCCGGCCUUUAGAGAUAAGCCUGCGAAAAUGUGCCUGGAUCCAAAAAUUGUUUCGGAUAUAAUCAUCGAAAUCACCUCCAGGUUCAACGUCAAAGAAAAUCUCGUCAGGAGUGCAAUCACAACGAAAUGUGCUGACGAAUGCAAAAUGCUAAAAACAAGAUCAAAAAGGAAAAACAAACUGAUACAAAACCAAGAGAAUGCUCCACCGUCAAACGCACAAACCCAACCUAGACAAGUCAAGACUGAACAAAGUAAGUUUUCGCAAGAAUGAAAGAAAAAUAGAUGAAAAGAGAAACAGGGAAUCUCUGGGCUCUUGAGUGACAACGGAACAAAUGUAUUCCAAUUUAAAACUUUGUUUAGAUGAAAUUACCAAAGGAUAAUUUUGUAUACAUUCCUAGUUAUAUUUUAAGUAUUACAUCAGUACCAUUAAUACUCCAAUUUUAAUUGAUAAUCAACGAAUUGUUUACUUUUUUAAUGUAUUAAAUUGAAUUGUUUUAUA